AUGGGACGAAGAAAGAAUCCACAUCCGAAAAGAGCGGUGAACGCGAGGACGGUUUUGAAGGUGGCGAGAGAUAAAGAAGAAGAAGUGGAGGAGGAAGAAGAACCUUUGGUGUUGUGUUUGAGGAUUCCUGAGGAGGAGGAUGAUCUCGAAGCAAAUCAUCAUCAGAUACAAAAAGAAGAAACGACUUUUAAUAAGAAAGGAACGAAGAGGAAGAGAGCGCAACACGAGUGCGAUGUUUGCGAGAAGCGUUUUGCUACGGCGAGUGGUUUGAAAAGGCACGUGCGUAUUCACACAAACGAGAAACCGUACGAAUGUGAUGUAUGCGAGAUGAAGUUUCGUCAAUCUGGUGAUUUGAAAGUCCACAUGCGUCGCUGGCAUUAG